AUGGAUCUCGAUCUGAGUCGACUUACUCCCCCGCAAGGGCUCAGCGAACAUGAGCGGGAAACGAUCUUCACCCAUUUAUUUCGCCGCCUCGCAUCCUUUCGCAACACCCUCUUUCUGUACUCCUCACAAGACCAGACUCUGAGUCCAGAAGCUCGCCACGCGCAUGAAACGAGUAUACAACAAUGGGCUCAAGGUCUCAUCGAAGUUGCCUUCGUCAUCUGUGGUGAACCAGGCGGCGGCCACUGCCCCGAACUCGACCCCUUGACCGAUACCGCUACUGCACAUCUUCGCCUUCCACCCCCAGAAAUAAUGAAUCGCUUUCUCAACGCUCUUGCUUUCUUGAACAUCGCCAACACCAAAGAAUUCUCAGCCCUUACUCGCUCGUUUUUAUCCACCUUUGGGUCCCUAGAUGAACGGCUGAUUGUAGCCGCGCUCAAAAAUCCUCAGCGUGCAAUUGAAGAAACAAAAAAGAUAGUAGAAGCGACCAGGGAAAAGCAUUCGCAGCAGGGAAAACUGUUGAGGAUGGCUGGCGUAGGGCUGGCUGCCGUUGCCGGCGGCGUGCUUGUUGGGGUCACCGGCGGGCUUGCGGCUCCUCUCGUUGGCGCUAGUGUUGGCACAGUGCUCGGUAUCCUUGGUGUGGGCGGGACGGCAGCCGGUCUACUCGCGACUGCUCUCGCAAGUUCUACUGUAAUAUGUGGUGCCCUUUUUGGUGUUUACGGAGGGCACACAACGUCCAGCAUGGUUCGCCGACAUACGAGGGAGGUGAAAGAUCUGGAUAUCGUCCCUGUUCAUCCACCGAAAGAGCACGAGGCACUGGCCGUGCGGUUGUGUGUAAGUGGCUGGUUGACUUCCAAGGAGGAUGUCAUUGCGCCAUGGACCAUAUUCGAUGCGGAUGGCGACGAUACGUUUGCCUUGCAAUGGGAGGUUGAACUGUUAGAAUCCUUGUCAAAUGCUCUCACAACAUUGGUCAAAACUAAUGCAAUACGUUAUCUGCGAGUCGAAGUUCUCAAACGCACAGUAUUCGCUACUCUCAUGGCUUCCCUCGCUCCUGUCGCCCUACUCAAGUUCGGUGAAAUCAUGGACAAUGAUUGGAUGAACUCGCAGGCCCUGGCUAUCAAAGUUGGUGCAGUCCUCGGUUCUCUCCUCGAGAAACGCGUCUUUGGUCAUAGGCCUAUCUCUUUAACCGGCUAUUCUCUUGGAGCCUUGGUUAUCAUGGAGGCGCUCAAAUACCUUGCAUCGCUGCCUCCAUCUGAAACUUUGCAUUUGGUUCAAGACGUCUACCUAUUCGGAACUCCAGCUCCUUCAGAUGACAUAGCCGCUUGGACUAGUAUGCGACGACUCGUCUCAGGGAGAUUGGUCAACGGUUACUCGCAAGACGAUUACGUCCUGGCUGUCCUGUGUCGACUGUCGAGCGUGUCAUGGGGAGUUGCCGGUAUGCAGUCUGUUGACGUAUUAGGUGUAGAGAACGUUUUGUGCGAAGUGGACGGACAUACCCGCUGGCGUACGAUGAUUGGCAAAUCACUCUUGUCCUUUCUCGGUGGUCUUGGUCUGAGCCUCCCCUUGCAUGCACUCUUGACGCUGAAUGGCAAUGUCUUUGGAAUUUCCGGCUUUCUUCAUCGCUCUUUUCGCGGCAAUCUAGAAGCCAUUGCCUCCACUGCCGGCUUACUCCUGGGUGGCGUAGUGGUUGGUCUGGUGGAAGGCCCGAGCUUAGACCGCAUUGAUAUGGGUUCGCUCUCUCUUGUUAUCUCAGGAUUGUUGGUCGGCGUAGGCACCAAGAUGGCCAAUGGCUGCACAUCUGGUCAUAUGUUGGCGGGACUUUCGCGUUUUUCCCCUCGCUCUGCUGUCGCCACAACCAUCUUUUUCUGCACCGGCGCGAUCACCUCCCACAUCGUUCACGCGAAACACCAGCGCGGCUCCCGAUCUUCGCUAGACUGGACUCUGGAUGCGACAGGCUCGACACUCUUAGCACUCCAAACAAUACCCCUCUUGACGUCCGCCGCCCUCUAUUUCUCAAUUUCACGUCAAGAUAACUCUAUUCACGCUAAGUUUCGCCUGCUUGCCAGUCUUGCGACUGGCUUCGAAUUCGCGUUAGCCCUGCGCCUCUCCAGCCUGACCGAGGCACAGAAGGUCAUCGACUUCUUGCUUCUUCCUGGGCACGAAGCAUUUGAUCCAUCACUCGCGUUUUUAGCCUUCGGUGCCUUGCCUUCCUGCAUUAUCCUCUACCGAUACGCCCGUGGCUCCGAAAUACCUCGGCUUGGUGGGGCUUGGUCCAUCCCCAAGAAUAGUCAGGUUGAUACUAAACUCGUUGUCGGUUCCGCGAUCUUUGGUGUAGGGUGGGGUCUUUCGGGUUUCUGUCCCGGUCCAGGCAUCGUCAACUUGGGCCGAGCUGUUGGCUCCGGUAUGGAUGUGCUACCAUUCGCCGUUUGGCUGGGUGCUGUGGUUAUGGGUGGCGUUGUCGUGUGA